AACAUCGAAUAGAUUAUUGCAUAGAAAUCAAAACAAAAACCCAAUAAACUAGAGACCAAAAACCAAACAAACGUUCAGAUUUGAUAUACAUUAUUCUCGAGAAAAGCAAAGGACAAUUCUGGGAAUCGAUAGUUUUUCUUUCAGGUUUUUUUGUUAGUAGAAAUAUAAUGAGUGUGAAAACGAAGAAGAGAAAUGUGACUGAAAUUGGAGGGGAUACUGGGGAGGAGAGUAUUCUCAUGACCAUGGUCAAUAAUGGGGAGGAUUUGGGACCUAUGGUCAGGCUUUCCUUUGAGACAGGAAAGCCUGAAUCUCUUUUGCAGCAGCUUAAGAAUGUAGUAAGAAAGAAAGAAGUUGAAAUUGAGGAUCUUUGCAAACUUCAUUAUGAGGAUUUUAUUCUUGCAGUUGAUGAGCUACGUGGUGUUUUGGUUGACGCAGAAGAGCUGAAAGGGGAGCUUGCUAGUGAUAAUUUCAAGUUACAAGAAGUCAGUACUGUAUUACUCUUGAAACUCGAAGAGCUUCUUGAAUCUUAUUCGAUUAUGAAGAAUGUUACGGAAGCCAUUAAAAUGUCAAAAAAUUGCGUUCAAGUAUUAGAUUUGUGCGUGAAGUGUAAUACUCACAUAUCUGAAGGUCGGUUUUAUCCAGCUUUAAAAGCUGUCGAUCUGAUUGAGAAUUUUUUUUUGCAUAAUAUUCCUGUCAAGACACUCAAGAUUCUGAUAGAGAAGAGAAUGCCGCUGAUUAAAAUGCACAUUGAGAAGAGGGUUUGCAGUGAAGUUAACGAAUGGCUAGUUCACAUAAGGAGUGCUGCAAAGAACAUUGGGCAAACUGCUAUAGGAUAUACUGCGUCUGCUCGUCAGAGGGACGAGGACAUGCUCGCUCGUCAAAGGAAAGCAGAGGAACAGAGUUGUUUGGGUCUAGGAGAUGUCACUUACACCUUAAAUGUUGAAGAAAUUGAUGAAAAGUCUGUCCUUGGUGCUCUUGAGCAUGUUUCUAAUUCCAUUGUGGAAGCUUUUCUCAGUGAUAGUGUAAAAAGGUUUAAUGCAAAUGCUGUCAUGAGCAUCAAUCAUGAUCUAAAGGCAUUGGAGUCGUUUGCAGAUGAUAGGUUUCAGAGUACUGGAUUGCUUGCAAUAUACAAAGACGGUAGUUUUCGAGAUUGCUUGAUAGAAGCCAGACAAUUGAUAAACCUUCUCUUGAGCAGUCAACCUGAAAAUUUUAUGAAUCCUGUAAUAAGACAGAGGAACUACAAUGCUUUGGACUACAAAAAGGUGGCUACUAUAUGUGAUAAAUUCAAGGAUUCGCCAGAUAGACUUUUUGGUAGCCUUUCAAAUAGAAACUCAAAGCAAAGUGCCCAAAAGAAGUCCAUGGACACACUAAAGAAACGACUGAAGGAUUUCAACUGACAGAGCUUGAGUAUUUUUUGAAUUAGAAAUAGCUGAAAUUACUAUUAUUCCACUGUUAUCGAUUUUAUAUGUUCUUCUUCU